CAAGCCCUCGCCUCCAAUCUUCGCCCACCGCCGCCUCCUUCCCCCGAGUCGAGGCGCCUCCCACCGCUCCGAUCCAAUGGCGCCGACGUCGAAGCUGUCGCUGGGCAUCAAGCGCGCGUCGCGGUCGCACGCGUACCACCGCCGCGGGCUGUGGGCCAUCAAAGCCAAGCACGGUGGCGCCUUCCCCAAGGCCGAGAAGCCCGCCGCCGCCGCGGAAGCCAAGUUCUACCCCGCCGACGACGUCAAGCCCCGCGCGCCCAGCACCCGCAAGCCCAAGCCCACCAAGCUCAGGUCGACCAUCACGCCCGGGACGGUGCUGAUCUUGGUCGCGGGGCGCUUCAUGGGGAAGAGGGUGGUGUUCCUCAAGCAGCUUAAGUCCGGUUUGCUCCUCAUCUCCGGUCCUUUCAAGAUCAAUGGAGUGCCGAUCCGCCGUGUGAACCAGUGCUACGUCAUUGCCACAUCUACGAAGGUCGACAUCUCUGGUGUUGAUGUUGCGAAGUUUGAUGACAAGUACUUCGCCAGGGACAAGAAGAAGAGAGCGAAGAAGACUGAGGGUGAACUUUUUGAGACAGAGAAGGAGGCAUCCAAGUCCCUGCCUGACUUCAAAAAGGAUGACCAGAAGGCCCUGGACGUGGCUCUGAUCAAGGUUAUUGAGGCUGUCCCAGACCUGAAAACCUAUCUUGGUGCCCGGUUCUCUCUGAGGGAUGGUGAUAAGCCCCAUGAGAUGGUCUUCUAAUCUAGUUUUGGAGUCCUGAGGAAGCCGUUUGGCCUAGUGUGUUCUUGUACUUCUGAAUUUUGUACCCGGGUAGUGAACCUUUCAUUCCGAUUGCAGUCAGCCUGUCAAAUAUUAUGAGAAGAUUUAAGAGAAGUUUUAACCGUGUUGGUGGUUCA